AUGAACAGCGCCAGCGAUCCUGAGAGAGAGCAGGCGCUCGAAGACUACAAGAGGAGCUUGCUGGAUCUACGAGAAUGGGAGGCCAAGCUUAAGAACCUCCGACUGGGUAUCAAGGACCUGCAAAGAGAGUUCGAUGUCUCCGAGGAGAACAUCAAGGCCCUGCAAAGUGUUGGUCAAAUCAUCGGAGAAGUGUUGAAGCAGCUGGACGAGGAGAGAUUUAUUGUCAAGGCAUCAUCCGGACCCCGAUAUGUCGUUGGCUGUCGUUCAAAGGUCGACAAGGCGAAGUUGAAGCAAGGAACCCGUGUCGCCCUGGAUAUGACAACACUUACCAUCAUGCGGAUGCUGCCACGUGAAGUCGAUCCGAUGGUGUACAACAUGUCUCUUGAGGACCCUGGUCAGAUCAGUUUUGCAGGAAUUGGUGGUUUGAAUGACCAGAUCAGAGAGCUACGAGAAGUUAUCGAGUUGCCGUUGAAGAACCCCGAGCUUUUCCAACGAGUGGGUAUCAAACCACCCAAGGGUGUUUUGCUCUAUGGGCCUCCUGGAACUGGCAAAACAUUGCUGGCACGAGCUGUUGCAAGUUCGAUCGAGACCAAUUUCUUGAAGGUUGUCUCGUCGGCAAUCGUUGACAAGUAUAUCGGUGAAUCGGCACGGUUAAUACGAGAGAUGUUUGGCUACGCGAAGGAGCAUGAGCCUUGUAUUAUCUUUAUGGAUGAAAUCGACGCCAUCGGUGGUAGACGGUUUUCCGAGGGUACUUCUGCAGACAGAGAAAUUCAGCGAACAUUGAUGGAGCUUCUCAACCAGUUGGAUGGAUUUGACUACCUUGGAAAGACAAAGAUCAUCAUGGCUACCAACCGACCUGAUACCCUUGACCCCGCUCUGUUGCGAGCCGGUCGUUUGGACCGCAAGAUUGAGAUUCCUCUGCCCAACGAGGUCGGUCGCCUGGAGAUCCUAAAGAUCCACUCCAGCACCGUUCAACUAGAUGGCGACAUUGAUUUUGAGAGUGUGGUGAAAAUGAGUGAUGGUCUCAACGGAGCUGAUCUUCGCAAUGUUGUCACGGAAGCUGGUCUAUUCACGAUUAAGGACUAUCGGGAUGCGAUCAGCCAGGAUGACUUUAAUAAAGCCGUCCGGAAGGUUGCAGAGGCGAAGAAGCUGGAAGGCAAACUGGAGUACCAGAAACUGUAA